AGCAUUGCUGAUGCUGCCGAUUAUGAUGAUGGUGGUGAUGACAUAGCAGAAUGCAACUCUUCAGAUGAUGAGGAAGAAGCCGCUGCAACAGAAGACGAUUUGAAUAUUCUUGGUUCCGGAAUCGAGAGCGAUAUUACACAUAACUCUUCAUCAGUUUGUGAACUACAAAAUUGCCCCGAUUUGGAAGAAGGUCGCGAUUGUGACGCUACCAAGGGCGACUGCGCAGACGGCGACGACGAAGGAGAGGAGGACGAAGACGAUAUUCAGUUCGGUCGUUCCAGGCUUAGCUGGCCAGUACGAGGUAACUUCAGCACCGUCUUGGUAACGUUCGACAAAAGGGGAAGCUUUGGCGACGCAGCACGCGCAACCACUCUCACCGACUUCGAGGCCGAUUCGGAAAACAGUGACUGGGAAACAACGCAACGCCAGGUGUCCACUCAACGCAAGCCAUACAACGCCACAGUGUGCUCUAAGAAGCGAACAGAAAAUGAAGUGAUUUCAAUCAAUUCAAAGUCAUUCGUCACACCGCUGAUUGGCGAGGAGAGUGCCAACAACGACAUUACCCUAACACAGUCAGACAUUAACACCUCUGCGACUGCCCCAGUCAGCCGUUGCCACCAGGCUCAAGAUGCCGUCGACGGCGUGUUAGACGUGUAUGACCAGCGGGAGAUCGCGUCCGCCAAUGCAUCAUCGAUGUCGAUGAAAACGAAAAUGAAUAACUCGCA